AUGAGGAAGGUGUCCCGCAGACAGGCUGUGGGGCUGUUGCUGGCUGGGGGUCUGGCUGCUGCUGCUCUCAGACUGUUCCUGCAGCCAGACGCCGUGAGCAGGAUUUGGAGGAGCGAUCAGACGGCUGUGGGGGAGCUGGAAGCCAAGGACUCUCUGGAGGACUUUGAGGAAUCGGUGGACGGGUUUGAUGAGAGGAGUUACCUGGAAGCGAAGCGCUGGAGAGCUGGCGAAGACCCCUACAAGCGGCACGCCUUUAACCAUCGAGAGAGUGGGAGGGUCCCCAGCAACCGGGCUAUCAGAGACACCAGGCAUUACAGAUGCUCAACGCUGCAGUACAGCCCGGAUCUGCCAGCCACCAGCAUCAUUAUCACCUUCCACAAUGAGGCUCGCUCCACAUUGCUCCGCACCCUGCGCAGUGUGCUGAACCGGACACCUGGAUAUCUCAUUCACGAGAUCAUUCUUGUGGAUGACUUCAGUGAUGACCCUGCUGACUGCCAUCUGCUGACUGGCCUUCCGAAGGUGAAGUGUUUGCGGAACGAGCAGAGAGAGGGGCUGAUCCGGUCCCGGGUGCGGGGGGCAGACACAGCCCAGGCCUCUGUUCUCACCUUCCUGGACAGUCACUGCGAAGUCAACAGGGACUGGCUGCCCCCCUUACUGCACAGGAGCAGAGAGGAUCCCACACGUGUGCUCAGCCCUGUCAUCGAUGUUAUCAACAUGGAUACUUUUGCUUAUAUCGCGGCUUCCACUGAUCUCCGAGGAGGGUUUGACUGGAGCCUGCGCUUCAAGUGGGAGCAGCUGAGCACGGAAGUGAAGGCCCAGAGGACGGAUCCCACCCAGCCUAUCAGGACGCCGGUGAUAGCUGGAGGGCUUUUCGUCAUCGACAAGGCCUGGUUCAACCACCUGGGGAAGUAUGACACCAUGAUGGACAUCUGGGGAGGAGAGAACCUCGAAAUCUCUUUCCGGGUGUGGAUGUGUGGGGGGAGCCUGGAGAUCGUUCCCUGCAGCCGAGUGGGACACGUGUUCCGCAAGAAGCAUCCCUAUGUCUUCCCGGACGGCAACGCCAACACCUACAUCAAGAACACCAAACGCACAGCCGAGGUCUGGAUGGAUGAGUAUAAACGUUUUUACUACACAGCCCGACCUGCUGCCAAGGGGAGACCAUAUGGAGAUGUGAGCAGCCGUGUGGAGCUGAGGAAGCAACUGAACUGCAAGUCUUUCCGCUGGUACCUGGACACCAUCUACCCGGAGCUGAAGAUCUUCCUGCCUGUGUUGUGCUCCAGGAUUCCCGAGGAGACAGAUUCCCAGCCGGGAAUGAUCCGGCAGCAUGAAACGUGUGUGGAGUCUAUGAGGACAGAACAGCAGCUCGCUGGCGUCAGCCUGGGGCGAUGUGUGACCACCAAUGGGGUGCCAGCGGCCACACAGCAAUGGACCUUCACCCACAGUCACCAGAUCCGCCAUCGCCAGCUCUGCCUUUCCACCAGCACUGUCUUCCCCGGCUCACAGGUGUUGCUCAUCUCCUGCAGUAAGGCCGACGGAAAACAGAAAUGGCAGAAGGCUGGUUUACGUAUCCAGCACCAGAUGUCUCAUUACUGCCUGGACAGUGAGGUGUUGGGGGGUGAGGAGGAUGGGGAGCGGAUCCUGGUUAUAAACCCCUGUGAAAUGACAGCUCUGAGCCAGCGCUGGGACACUCCACGUGCCGCCUAGGGGACAUGGACAUCAGUGGGGGAGGAGGGAGGUAGAGAGAGCGAGGACGACAACGCACACAGUAAAUCCGCAGGAACCCGAGGAGCUGUGGUGGGAUUUAAUAGCUGAAUUCUAAAGAGAAUGCAAUUCAUCGCA